CGCACACGCAAUUCUUGCCCCAGGGUGGUGACGGAACUUCCAAAAGACUCUAGGAGUGUCCUGAUAGGCAGUAAAGAAGUUAAGACGGAGUUAAGGCGAAGUUAAGGCCAGGUUAAGGUCUAGUUGGGAAGCAAGACCCAGUGGUUGCACAGUGCCAGGACGUUCGUCGGUUCGAGGGAUCUCUGGUUAGAAUGACCCCACACACCACCAGCUACCACGCGGUCGCCGGGAUGGAGUACGAGGAGCCGGUCUCUAGGACCUACCAGUACCGCAAGGUGAUGAAGCCCAUGCUGGAGCGGAAACGCCGCGCCAGGAUCAACAGGUGCCUGGACGAGCUGAAGGACCUCAUGGUGACGGCUCUCCAGGCGGAGGGCGAGAACGUCGCCAAGCUGGAGAAGGCCGACAUCCUGGAGCUGACGGUUCGACAUCUUCACACCCUGAGAGCUGCUCGCAGGUUGACUUUGACUCCAGAGUCCAGCUACGCCGACCGGUUCAGAGAAGGAUUCACCCAGUGCGCCCAGGAAGUGUCCACGUUUCUGUCCACUCCUGUCGCUUCCGCCGUUCAUCCUGCUGCCGGAGCUCAGCUGAUGAGACACCUAGGAGGAUGCCUCAGAAGACUGGAGGGACCAAACGUCACCGCUGCUCCUGGGAAUUCCCAAGGAUCCGGACGUGCCACCCUGGUCCCCCAACACGUGUACACCCCCCCACAGAGCCCCAUGAGCGUGGCCAGCUCUUCCGGGGAGUCCUCGGAAUCCUCCACUCCUGUCUGGCGCCCGUGGUGAUCCUGUCUUCCAGGACCUCUGGAGAAAUCCUAAAUCCGAAGAGGAUGGAUCGUUCCGACGAAGACUCCGAUGAUGACGUGUGGCGGAACACACUCUAGGACUUGACUGGUG